CUCUUCUGGAUUUAGCUGCACAGCACUAAUCAUCAUCACUCAAGGAAACCACGCGAAUUCGUUUUUAAUCAUAAUCUCAGACAAUUUGAGGAAUAAGAGGAGAAUUAGACGAAUGUUGUGUCAUUUUGAUAGCAGGUGCCCUGGUAACUGGUAGUAUGGAGAAAGAGACGUCACUUCAAGCACUAUGUUGAUCCCAGCAGCCCUCCUAUCCAGAGAUGCUCACCAGCUCAGACAAAUCUCUCUCUCUGAUGGCCGACCACUGUGCCCCAGAGGGUUUGGCUUCCGGUCCCAAAGGCAGCACAUCCAGUAGGGGGAUGCACAGCAUUCGCUCCUCCCUCUCUCUCCCUGAGCCCGAGGCAUGGCGCCGGACCUCCAGCCCGGGAACCACCCGUCAAGGAGGCCUAGUCCAGGGGUCCCGCUCCUGCUCCUUGCAGGUUCCCCACUCCGGCCUGGAGACCCUGGAUCUACCCCCGCGGGUGGCCAGCUUCGACGUCCCUUACAGGGUGGAAGAGGCAGGGUCGGACACAGGCUCAGGGUCUGUGAGCCCCUGUAGUAUGCAGAGGAGACGUGGUGGCAUCGUGGAUCAGAGGGAUGUGAUCAGGGCCCACGAGUCGCACAAGAUGCAGAGCACACCACAGGCCCGCAGGAAAGACUGGGAAAUGGCUCGGUUUGGAGAUGAGGUACAGAUGACGAUGGAUUCCCGUGACUCCGGGGACCCAGAGCGCGGGGAGGACGGUGGGGACACUGCGUCAGGUACAGGGUCAGGGACGCUAAAACAAACCAAAGCGGCGAGGGCGCGCACCAUGGCUCUCUACAACCCUAUACCCCACCGGCAGAACUGCCUCACUGUCAACAGGUCGCUCUUCAUAUUCGCCGAGGACAAUUUAAUUCGGAAAACCGCCAAGAGGUUCAUAGAAUGGCCACCGUUUGAGUGGGUGAUCCUGGCGACCAUCACGGCCAACUGCAUCGUCCUGGCCCUGGAGCAACAUCUUCCUGGGGAGGACAAGACCCCCAUGGCCAAAAGACUGGAGUGUACUGAGCCUUACUUCAUCGGGAUCUUCUGUUUUGAGUUUGGCAUCAAGCUGGUGGCCCUGGGCUUUGUGUUCCAUAAAGGCUCCUACCUGAGGAACGGAUGGAAUAUCAUGGACUUCAUCGUGGUGGUCAGCGGAAUUCUGGCCACAGCAGGGGCCCACAUGAACAUCCCCGUGGACCUGCGGACCCUGAGGGCGGUGCGAGUCCUGAGGCCUCUCAAACUGGUCUCUGGGAUCCCUAGCUUGCAGAUCGUGCUGAAGUCCAUCAUGAAGGCCAUGGUGCCUCUGCUCCAGAUCGGCCUGCUCUUGUUCUUCGCCAUUCUGAUGUUCGCCAUCAUUGGCCUGGAGUUCUACAGCGGGAAGCUACACCACACCUGUCUACCUACUGCUGACAUCCUGGAAAAUGAGACGAUGGAUAUGACCGAGGUGGAGUUUGCGUGCGGCGUGAGGAAGUGUCCGGAGAAGUACGACUGUGUUGGGUCGUGGAUCGGCCCCAAUGACGGCAUCACCCAGUUUGACAACAUCCUGUUCGCUGUGCUCACUGUCUUCCAGUGCAUCACCAUGGAGGGAUGGACAGCUGUACUCUACAAUACCAACGAUGCCUUGGGCUUUAUGUGGAAUUGGAUCUACUUUAUUCCUCUCAUCAUCAUCGGCUCAUUCUUCGUACUCAACCUGGUGUUGGGAGUCCUCUCUGGGGAGUUUGCCAAAGAGAGGGAGCGGGUGGAGAACAGGAGAGCCUUCAUGAAGCUGAGACGCCAACAGCAGGUGGAGAGAGAACUCAACGGAUACAGAGCCUGGAUAGACCGAGCAGAGGAGGUGAUGCUGGCUGAGGAGAACAAGAAGUCAGGGAGAUCUGCUUUAGAUGUGCUGAAGCGGGCCACCAGUAAAAAUGCAAAGCGUAGAGGAGGUCCUGGGGAUGCAGAGAUCUCCACUAUAGGAGCACCUCGUAUGCGGAUCCGUACAGUGCGGCGUGGCCCGGUGGCGUACAUGCGUCGUAAGGAGCGUAUGCUGCGGAUCUCCCUGCGGCGCAUGGUGAAGACAGACACCUUCUACUGGACUGUCCUCAGCCUGGUGUUUCUCAACACCAUCUGUGUGGCCAUCGUCCACCAUAACCAGCCAGACUGGCUCUCCACCUUCCUGUACUAUGCAGAAUUUGUUUUCCUGGGGCUCUUCUUGGCAGAGAUGUUCUUAAAGAUGUACGGCCUGGGUUUCCGCCUCUAUUUCCACUCCUCAUUCAACUGCUUUGACUGCGGAGUGAUAGUUGGCAGCAUCUUUGAGGUGGUGUGGGGCUUCUUCCGGCCUGGCAUGUCCUUUGGCAUCAGCGUCCUGAGGGCACUGAGACUCCUGAGGAUUUUUAAGAUCACCAAGUACUGGGCAUCACUGAGGAACCUGGUGGUGUCUCUCAUGAGUUCCAUGAAGUCCAUCAUCAGUCUGCUCUUCCUCCUCUUCCUCUUCAUCGUCGUCUUCGCCCUGCUGGGCAUGCAGCUCUUUGGGGGCCGGUUCAUCUUUGAAGAUUACACUCCUACCAACUUUGACACAUUUCCAGCUGCCAUCAUGACAGUUUUCCAGAUCCUGACCGGUGAGGACUGGAAUGAGGUGAUGUACAAUGGGAUACGCUCCCAAGGAGGAGUGCAGUACGGCAUGUGGUCCUCCAUAUACUUCAUAGUGCUCACCCUGUUUGGGAACUAUACACUGCUCAACGUCUUCUUGGCCAUCGCAGUGGAUAACCUUGCCAACGCACAGGAACUCACCAAGGACGAAGAAGAGGAAGAGGAGUUUUUCAAUGCAAGAUACGCCAGAGGCACAGAUGGUCCGAUGUCUGAGUACAGGAGGAGGAGGCGGCCCUACCUCCGCAGGAAGCAGGCCAUCCACAGGGGCCGUAUGGCCUUACCCGAGGAGGAGGAGGAGAGCGCUGCUGGGGGCGGAGCCGACCAACCCCCCAACGGCACCAACGCCUUCUCCAACCGCCGUGAUCGACGGAGGAGGGGGGGGGGAGGAGGAAGAGGAGGAAGGUCUGUGUGGGAGCAGAGGGCCAACCAGCUACGCAAGCGGCGCCAGAUGGAGAGCCAGGAGGUCCUGUUCGGAGGCAGCCCCACCGAGGACACCACUGACACCCCUACAACCGCCUACCGCGCCCCCACCCUCUCCCCAGACGCCAGCCCCGGUCACCUGCCCGAGUCGCCCAUGUCCGGGAUCAUGCCCAUGCCUGAACCCCCGAUGUCCAUCGCCAUCCCGCUACCGGAACCCCCAGACUCGGAGCCUAUGCCUCUGUUUACAUUAGCUGAGGAGAGAGUGGUGAACCAUCGCCCCGGUGGGGAAAGGAGGCACAGGGUGGCCCGGAAAUCCAGGCCUGGCCCUGGGGGGGCGGAGGAGGGAGGGGCGGCACGGCAUAGGAGGCACCGUCACCGUGAGGCCCGGGCUGAGACCAAGAGCAGAGAGUCCCCACAUGAGGAGGUCAGCGAAUCAGGCAGCCGCGAGAGGAAGAUACUGGAAGAGAGGGAGGAGAAGGAGAAAGAGGAGAAGGAGGACAAAGGAGAGUUUGCUGAGGUGGAGGGAGGAAUGUCAGGCAAGAAUGAAGGAGGAGCCAUUAUUAUCAACUUAGAGAGUGAAGAAGAGCAUCUGAGGGUGUGUAUUGCAGACAUCCCUGAGCCUCCCCUAUGUGAUAACUUCCCUGAGUACCUACCCCCACCCCUGCUGGACACUCCACCCCAGAUGGAGGAGGGCGAGGGGGGGGAGACUGGGCAGUGUGAGCCCUUGUCUCAGGACCCUCCAGUGGAGCCAGCCCCAGAGCAGUUCGCAGACCCCUCAGAGCUCCAGGCAGCAGCAGGAGUCAGUGACUCUGAGAACAUCCAAGCCUCCCUGAACCUUGAGGAGGGUAAGGAGCCAGAACAAGGCCCAGACAGCCAGACCAGCGUGAUCAUAGAGAUGUCUGGAGCGCAGCCACUGCUGGAGGUCACCCCCAUGACAGCUUUACACAGCAACAAGGAGGUGGAGGUGUACCAGCCUGAGAGGAAGGAGAAGAAGGAGGAGGAGUCGCAGUUGGAGAAGGAGGAGGAGGAGGAGGCUAGCCCGCCCAAACCUGAACCUCCUGGCAGCAUGUUCCUCUUCAAGGCCUCCAACCCGAUCAGGAGGAUCUGUCACUAUGUGGUGACCAUGCGCUACUUUGAGAUGACCAUCUUGCUGGUGAUCGUGGCUAGCAGCAUUGCUCUGGCUGCUGAAGACCCUGUGUGCACCAACUCUGACAGAAACAGGGUUCUCCGUUACUUUGAUUACGUCUUUACUGGAGUCUUCACAUUUGAAAUGAUCAUAAAGAUGACUGACCUGGGACUGCUUCUUCAUGACGGCUCCUAUUUCCGUGACCUGUGGAACAUUCUGGACUUCAUCGUGGUGGUGGGAGCUCUGAUCGCCUUCGCUCUGACGAAUGUGAUUGGGAACAACAAAGGCAGAGACAUCAAAACCAUCAAGUCCCUCAGGGUCCUGAGAGUCCUACGACCUCUGAAGACCAUCAAGAGACUGCCCAAACUCAAGGCGGUGUUUGACUGUGUGGUGACAUCUUUGAAGAACGUCUUCAACAUCCUCAUCGUCUACCAGCUCUUCAUGUUCAUCUUUGCUGUCAUCGCCGUUCAGCUCUUCAAGGGAAAGUUCUUUUACUGCACUGACAGCUCCAUGGACACAGAGAAGGAAUGCCAAGGUUACUACAUUGACUACGCUAGAGACAAGAAGGAAGUGAAGAAGAGGGAGUGGAAGAGGCAUGAGUUCCACUAUGACAAUGUGUGCUGGGCUCUGCUCACUCUCUUCACUGUUUCAACUGGAGAGGGCUGGCCGCAGGUUCUGCAGCACUCUGUGGACGUGACAGAGGAGGACAUGGGUCCAAGUCGUGGCAACAGGAUGGAGAUGUCCAUCUUCUACGUCGUCUACUUCGUGGUCUUCCCUUUCUUCUUUGUCAACAUCUUCGUCGCUCUCAUCAUCAUCACCUUCCAGGAACAGGGUGAUAAGAUGAUGGAGGAGUGUAGCUUGGAGAAGAAUGAGAGGGCAUGCAUUGACUUUACCAUCAGUGCCAAGCCCCUGACGCGCUACAUGCCCCAGAACAGACAGACCUUCCAGUACCGGCUGUGGCACUUUGUGGCGUCACCAUCGUUUGAGUACACAGUGAUGGUCAUGAUCGCCCUCAACACUGUGGUGCUCAUGAUGAAGUACUACUCCGCUCCAGCAGCGUACGACACGGUACUGAAGCACCUGAACACAGCCUUCACUGUUCUCUUCUCCCUGGAGUGUAUCCUCAAGAUCAUGGCCUUUGGUUUUGUGAACUAUUUUCGAGACACUUGGAACAUUUUUGACUUCAUCACUGUGCUCGGCAGCAUCACUGAGAUCAUUGUGGAUUUACAGUCAAUAAACACAUUCAAUAUGAGUUUCCUGAAGCUGUUCCGGGCUGCCAGACUGAUCAAACUGUUGAGGCAGGGCUACACCAUACGAAUCCUACUCUGGACCUUUGUACAAUCCUUCAAGGCUCUUCCUUAUGUUUGUCUGCUCAUCGCCAUGCUGUUCUUCAUCUAUGCCAUCAUUGGGAUGCAGGUGUUUGGAAACAUCAAACUGAACGAUGAAAACCACAUCAACCAGCACAACAACUUCAAGACCUUCUCCGGUGCACUGAUGCUUCUCUUCAGGAGUGCGACGGGGGAGUCUUGGCAGGAGAUCAUGCUAUCGUGUUUGGGGGGGCAGGAGUGUGAGCCAGACUCCUCCAUGGCACCCAUGACCAUGUCCCCUGACCACGAGGGAGGCUGUGGUACUGACUUCGCCUACUGCUACUUUGUCUCCUUCAUCUUCUUCAGCUCCUUCCUGAUGCUGAAUCUUUUUGUGGCUGUGAUCAUGGAUAACUUUGAGUAUCUGACCAGAGACUCUUCCAUCCUGGGUCCUCAUCACCUGGAUGAGUUUGUCCGUGUCUGGGGAGAGUACGACCGCGCAGCAUGUGGGCGUAUACACUACACCGCCAUGUAUGAGAUGUUGACCCACAUGUCUCCACCCCUGGGUCUGGGGAAGAAAUGCCCCAGAGGUAUGGCCUACAAGAGGCUGGUGUUGAUGAACAUGCCAGUGGAUGAGGACAUGUCAGUCCACUUCACCUCCACCUUGAUGUCUCUCAUCCGCACCGCUCUGGAGAUCAAGAUCGCACGAGGUCAGGGAAUGAGUGGGGAGGACCGAGUAGCUCUGGACACUGAGCUACAGAAGGAGAUCAGUGUGAUAUGGCCAUACCUCCCCCAGAAGACCCUGGAUGUACUAGUACCCAUCAACAAAGAUUCCGACAUGACAGUAGGUAAGAUAUAUGCCUCCAUGAUGAUCAUGGACUACUUCAAACAGAACAAAGCCAAGAAGCUGAGAGCACAGCUGGAAGCACAGAAGGCCAGUCUGAUGCCGUUCCAGCGGCUGGAUACCUCGACCCUCUCUGAAGACAUUCUGUCCAAUGCCCAGCCCCUGCCCUGCAUGCCCCACAGUGCCGGCUCCGCCCUGACCAGAGGAGGCCUGGUGGCAUUGAGUCCUCUCUCCCCCCAGGACCUGUUCAACGUGCAGCCCAUGACCUCUGACACGGACACCAGAAGCCAACACUCCAGGGUGAGUGCAGGGGAGUGCAGUGGGUUGAUUCCUGACCCACUGGCGCUCCCGUUUGGCAGGGGGCUGUGUGUACGGGCCUCCUCCAUGCCUCGUCUGGCUGUAGAGCCACAGACCGAGAUGGCCAGUGGCUCUAUGAAGCGGUCCUCGUCCACUGUGGCUGACCAGAGGGUGAAUGGCCUGUGGCAGGAGGAGAAGAAGAGUCCUGAUAGACUGUACAGACCACGCCACAAGAGCUACAAGGCUGCCGUGUCGCGGUCAGAAAGGAAGAGGCAGUUGGACACGGAGAAGGAGCGCGGAAGGUCUAAAGAGCGCCGCCACCUCCUCUCCCCAGACACGUCCCGCUGUACCUCCGAGGAGAGGAGCCUGCAGCCCUCACGCUCCCCUAGCCGGGCGCGCACACAUCACAUGGACAAACAGGGCAACAGCUCCGACAGCCCCAUCCCCACCUCUGAAUCUAGUACACCUAGCCGCCGCCCCCUGUCCCAGACCCCAACGCGCUCCCAUCCCCACAUCUCCUACUCCCCUCUGGUGUGUCGCACGCACCUUCCCUCAGGGGACGAUGAUGACGACAGGGGCAGCCCAGAGACUCAAAGGCGGGGGGAGGCCUCCAGAGAGGGGGCAGGGGGAGAGGGACAGAGCGGGGCGAGGGGCCGUCGCCACCAGCAGGGCUCCCCUCCGCGUCGCUACCCGUCGGAGCCCUACCUGGCCCUGCAGGAGGAUGAGCACAGUCUGGACCCCACCGGGUUCAUGGAGACGCUGACUUUCGAGGCGGCAGUGGCCACCAGCCUGGGACGUGCUAACACGGUCAGCUCCACAUCCAGCUCCACCUUCAGUUCCGCUCGACGGGGCUCCAGGAGCGGCUGGCAGGUCCCCAAUGGACACUUCCGGAAACGCCUGGCUCAGACCGUCUCUGUUGCGGGCUGUGAGCCACUCAGCGACACAGAAGAGGACGACCGCUGCUAGGAGGAGGAAGAAGUGGAGGCGUAGGAGAGGUGAAGAAGGAGCGUAGGGAGUAAAGAGUAAAAGAUGUACUACAUUAUAAAGGAAAAGGGACAUUUGUCACUCUCUUGCAUUACUACUGCAUACCUGUGUGAUUGUAGUAUGUUUUCUCAAAUGCGAGAGGAGAACAAAAAUAAGAACAUUGUUUUUCACUUCCUGCAAGUGGAAUCCUUUGAAAGUCACACAGAAAAUGUACAAUAAAUAUCUACCCACAAAUAUUUGACUGUGGUUCAUUUAUAUUCUGACUAUCAAAAGAAAGAUCGUAAUAAUAAACCUCAAAUAGCCUUGGAUGUACAGAAAAGAGAUUAAAUGAAUAGAAUUGUAAUUUGUGUCAAUAGGUAUUGUCAUAUCUGAAGGUGUUUCUCUGGCAUUGAUUCAGUGUUGCUCUUAACAGUGUGUGUGGGGUGUGAAUAUGAAACUAUGUGCAAAAUAAGGAGUAACCAUAUCUUUGAAAGGCAUGGUUUUUGUAAAUACAUGUGGGGUUUUUUCAUAUAAAUAUGCCACCAGUACCACUUGAUUGUCUGAGUAGGAUACAUGGCCAUAAAGAAGGGUAACUGUCAAUGUACUUUAUAAAUUAAUGUAAUGUAGUCAUGUCUAUGUAACAAAAUACACCCAAACAAUAAUUGAUCAAGCGUGUGUUUUCAAAUUUUAGUAGAGCUGAGUUCGUUUUUGACCUUUUGCACCCUCCACCAUUAGAUUUCCUAUCCCUUUACUGUCUACGAAGGGAACACACUUCUUUAAUAAGAAUCUAUUCAUACGUAAACCAUGUAACUCCUGUUGUAAUUUUUUUAAGGAAUAAAACAAUGAUCAAUACAAGCAGAAAAGUACAUGGCACAUUGUCUUCUGUUGGAAAUCUGUAUGAUUUCUUUUUCUUUUUUUACCAACUUGCAGGACAAUGGACAGCAACCAACAAUGUCAUGAAAUGUGAUUGCUUUCAAUAAAAUGAUACAUUAAUUUUCAGAAAAGGAAUGCCUAAAUAUCCAGUGUGAUUUGAAAGACAGUGCUUUGUUAUGAACAGGACUCUAGAGAACCAAAUGACUAGAACUAUACCCAGAACAUGGCUUCAAUACAAACCUUUAUUAAGCCAAUAGGAAAACCAGCAGAUCCUGUGGCUGUCUUGAACCAACCUUUAUCUUCUUGAUGUACUGUACUAUAUCUGUUUUUCUUCAGUUGUUACAAUAUUUUUUGACAUUUGACUGAUUAAUUCCUUGUCAUCUUCCGGAAUCAAUAACUGGCACAGAAACAAUCAUGAACUUUAGUAUUUUCUUCUUCAUCAAUGUAGCCAUCCAGGUUCUCCUCUUCUUCAUUAGCCUACCACGUAAUCAGUACGUGUCAAAGACCCCCUGCAACUGUAUAUCUUCUUCCUAGAUUGGUUUACAUGAAUACUGUUUGAACCAUUACAGAGGACACACGUAGGAAGAUGUUUUCAACACACCUGAUUUCACCCGUUAUUUAGAAUGGUUUACUAAUAAUGUACAGUACAUUUAUAUCAUGCUUUCUGUAGGAUUGUGAGAGAACAUAUCCCUUUCUCCUCACAACAUGCUUGGAGGAUGGAAUAGGAUAUCUCUGGAAUGUUAAUUUAAGGUAUUUGUAUUUGUUUUAUUUGCCUGAAAAAGGGUAAUGAUUCUGUGAAACUCACUUAACCAAAAAACAUAGAGAAUUGUAUCAUACGUUCCUGGAAUGCAAAUAGCUGUUUGGUUUAUAUGUGUAAAAUAGUUGUAUAUACAGUAUGAAUAAAGUUUCCUAAA